AUGGCGGGGCAGUACGAGGACGCCUUCAGCCCCCCCCGGCUGCAGUGCUGGACCGUGCCCCGCCCCCCCCCGAAGCUGCCCACCCCUCGCCCCCCCACCGCCUUCAUCGCCGACGACCGCGGCCACCUCCUGCCGCACGCGCGGCGCUCCCAGGUGUCGCCGUGGGGCACCUUCCUGGGGACGUGGGACAUGCCAGCGCGCAUCCCCCCCGCCCGGCUGGACCGGAGCGCCCGCUCGCCCCGCGCCGCGGAGAGGCUGGAACGGGGACAGCCACCGGAGCUGCGGGGAGCCUGCAACGGCAUCCGGACACGCGUCACCGGCAAGCUGCAGAAGCCCUGGGACACGGAACCUUCUGGAAAGGACCGGCGGGGUCCCAGCGGGGGCUCCCCCCGCCCUGAGACCCCGAAACCUGGCGACAACCCUGAGGGGGGCCCCUGUCCCCAAAAUGCCCCUGGGGAGGGCCCCUGUCCCCUGAAUCCCUCCGGGGAGGGCCCCUGUCCCCUAAAUGCCCGUGAGGAGGGACCCUGUCCCCUCGGUCCCUAUUUGGGGGGACCCUGUCCCCAAAAUGCCCCUGGGGAGGGCCCCUGUCCCCUGAAUCCCUACGGGUGGGGACCCUGCCCCCAAAAUCCCCCCGGCUCCGGGGCUCCCCCCAGCUCCUGAGCCCUGGAGGUGGCUCUGCUGUCAUUGUCCCCUCCCCUGGGGACAAUCCCCACCCUUCAGGGGGGCACGGGAGGGUCUGGGCCCCCCAAAAAAGGGAAAUAAAGGCUGGGAAAUGCAACGAGCCCAAAUCCGUUUGGGGUUCGGGGUUCAGCCCUGCUCCCUCCUC